AGAUGACCAGCAUAACCAGCAGCCGACAGCUCAUGGAACGCAUUGCAUUUGAACUGUAUGACUUUCACCAAGACCAUUGCGACGACGUCGAGCACGCCAUACAGUUGGCGCCAACGUCCUAUCUCCGACGGUUCAUUCGAGAAUCGCUUACCACUCGCCGCGUCAGCAGCACCCACACGAACGAAACGUUGUUUGAGCUCGUCGAUAAACUCCUUCUCUUGGAAUCCCGAAAACGAAUAGUUGUUCCAGCUGCAAGCAUUCCACCUUUGGGCCAGGACGGCGUUCUUUCCCGCAUCGCGCUUUUCGAAGGCGACAUCACAACCCUGGCUGCGGACGUGAUUGUCAACGCAGCCAACACGGCCAUGCUUGGCUGCUUCCAGCCCGCCCAUAAGUGCAUCGACAACAUUAUCCACGACCGAGCUGGACCUCGCUUGCGUCACGCAUGCGCUUCUGUUCACCCGGACUCGCAGGGCGAGCGACUGACCACUGGCCACUCCUCUCUCACUCCUGGCUUCAGUCUCCCAGCGUCAUUCGUAUCGCACACUGUCGGGCCACAGCUCCAACGCAAUCGAGGCGUUCGUCCUUCUCCUAGCGAAGAAGCCGCCUUAGCGUCAUGUUAUACAACCACUCUGGACGAAUCCCUUAUGCUUCUGGGGGCAACUGGCCAAGCCACCGUGGCCUUCCCGUGCAUCUCCACGGGCCUCUUCGGCUACCCGCCCGACCUUGCCACUGGCGUCGCCGUGGAAACCGUCGUCACGUGGCUCAAUGCUCACCCGACCCUCCCGUGGAAGGUCAUCUUCAACACGUUUCUAACCUCCGACACGCACCUGUACCAGACGUACUUUACCUCCAAGUACAAUGCCAAGGCGAUAGUUGACUUGCCUUCGUCCAUUGCCCGUCCUUCAGCCAUUGCCGAAGCGGCAGCGUUGAUCAGAGACUCAGACUUCGUCUUGAUCUCUGCGGGGGCCGGCCUCUCAGCCGCGGCGGGGCUAGACUACACAUCUCCAGACGUUUUCGCCAAGCACCACCCAGUCAUGGUGAAACGGGGGUAUCGAACCAUGUACGAGUUCAUCGGGCCCCAAGAUUGGACACCAGCCCUCCAGUGGGGGUACUACUUCGCCCAAACGAACCUUGUGCGGUACCAGUGGCAGCCCACGACGCCAGUGUACACGCUGUUGAAGGCGCUCUUCCACGCCAAGAACACGUUUAUACACACGUCAAAUGCCGACGGGCUAUUGGAACAACAGGGGUUCCCUACUCAGCGCAUCUACACUGCCCAGGGCGACUACAGUCGCCUCCAGUGCCUCAAGCCGUGCUCGCAGCAAAGUGUAUGGGACAUUCGACCGUUUCUUGAUCGAGGAAUGGCCUGCCUCGACCCCCAAACGAACGAGAUCACCGACUCGGAAGCAAUUCCCCGCUGUCCCAAGUGUAGAGGUGCCAUGAUGCUGAAUGUGCGGGGUGGGCGAUGGUUCAUCGAGUCUGCACAGCAAAAGGCGGCGUACGAGGCAUGGCUCGACGACGCCCACACACAAGUGCGCGAGAGGGCGAAGACACUUGUGGUAGUCGAAAUCGGAGCUGGAUUCAACACACCCGGGGUGUUGCGAAUUCCCAACGAGAAACUGGCCGAGACGACUGGAGUUGCCCUCGUGCGACUCAACAUCCACGACCACGACGUGCCGCUUACGUCCAACGGCGUGGGUGUGAGCGAGGACGCCGCGGUAGCCCUUCAAGUGAUCAUGGACAGUGUGCUAUAAUGUCCUACUACGUAGUACUAGUUCGAAGACUAUGGGGGCAACAAUUGUAAAAGUCUCACUUCAAAC